AAAUGUUUUAAUUCAAUUUCUAGCAUCUGUUACAGUUAGCAGGAACGGUGUUACAUGUACAAAUUGGCCUCUUCUGUUUUUACAGUGAUAUGCCACGUAAACGAUAAGAAAUUGAUUCAUUUGUGUAUCUAUAUAAUCAUGUAAUAAAACCACAGUACUUAAAACUAUACGCAACGAUAUGGAAUUAACCCGUUAACCAAUAUUUUGCGGCUUGAUAAACGUUUUUUUAGUGGUAUAAUGAAGAAACGGCUCUAAUUUAUCCAAUGAUGCAGUGUGUCAGUUGACCACUGUGCGUCGCCCUCCUGCCCUUUGUAUUGCUGCUAAGCUCCGCCCCCUGCUCGCUGCUGACCACAGGCUGAGUGAAGACGCCCUUAGCAACAACUCGCAGCUGCGUCGAAUAAGAUCCUCCUGUGGCAGAGAAGAGGGAUUAAACACUGUCGCUUUGUAACCCAGAGUCCAGGUAAAGCUUUGCCACUACAGAGAGAUGCUCCUGUUGAUGACCACACCUAACAUGGGUCCACUGCACAGCUAGCCGUAUCGGGCUAGCCGAAGUCAAAAGAGCUGUCCGGGAGGAGAACAUCACCACUGGGGCUUUUCGCCGAGUGGCGGCGUCGCUGUUUGCCAGCAACAAAGACAGUAAACCGGGAAUAAGCACGGGAAUGCUGCACUGGAUCGCCUCACUGCAGAGACAGAGAAAGGAGAGGGGAACGCGGGUCAGAGCACCGAGUUGUAGCAUUUGGACUCAGACUAUUUUUUACCAGAGGGAGCGGCGACCGGGCGGAACACAGUGUUUGUGGCUGUGCGAGCUAGCUGGCUAGUUAGCAGAGAGAAACGACCCCCACCGCCUCCUGCUCAGCCUUUUCAAGGCUACUGUCAGCCCGCUGAAUACACCCAAACUCUGUGGUUUCGAUAAAUCGAGGAUAAAUUAUAGACAGAAUCCAUUCAAGAAGAAAAUAGGUCAGUCGAAACCAAAGCUCAGCGGUACCGGGACUGCAGUCACCAGCAAACAACAAUAACAUCCACGACGCUGUUGGCAAAGUUUGCAACAACAUUUUUCCUAUCGUGAACAUCCACUUUCCAUCUUUAUUGUUCUUUAAAUUCUGGAUGUUUUUCCCCUCUUCGGAUGCUGGCGUCAAGUUUAUAAUUUGCAGUCAUGAUGAUAAUAAGCAGAAAACCAGAGGGCCCAAUAGCAACAGCUCGUCACGGUGACGGUCUGUAUGACUCGUACAUGAGGACCGACCACAUCCUUAAAGAUGAAGCAGAUACAAACAGUCCGUCCGGGCUGCCCCCAAUGCCCAAACACACUGUGGUCAGUAACAAAACGGUUCUGAGGGAUCAGGUAUCUGUGCGAGGUGGACAACUGAAGGUCAAGUACCUGUACGAAGACUCGACCAACAACCGCAAGAUCAACGCUAUAACCACAGCCUCCACACACAACAGUGGGACCACCGGUCAGCCGCCCAGUAAACCUGCCCUGGUUCCCAGCCUGUCCAAGGAACACAGUGUUGAUAGCACUGAAUCCAGCAAGGGCUCCACUGAAUCCUCCGGCACGCAAGGAGUCGGAGGCAACAGCGGCAAGAUGUGUGGUCCGCUCACCCCUGACCAGGCUCUGAGGCUGUACCGAUCUCAGCUGACCUCCUUGGAGCAGACGGAGAUCCACUCGUACCAGGACAUCUACUUUGUGGGACCCAAUGCAAAGAAGAGGCCCGCUGUUGCUGGUGGCAACAACAACUGUGGCUACGACGACGAACAAGGAGGUUACAUUCACGUCCCGCACGACCACCUGGCCUACCGCUACGAAUUCCUGAAGAUCAUUGGUAAAGGAAGCUUUGGCCAGGUUGCCAAAGUCUACGACCACAAGCUGCAGCAGCACCUGGCCUUGAAGAUGGUGCGCAACGAGAAGCGCUUUCACCGACAAGCGCAGGAGGAGAUUCGCAUCCUGGAGCAUUUGCGCAAGCAGGAUCGAAACGGCACAAUGAACGUCGUGCACAUGCUUGAAAACUUCACCUUUCGCAAUCACAUCUGUAUGACUUUUGAGUUGCUGAGCAUGAACCUUUAUGAGCUGAUCAAGCGCAACAAGUUCCAGGGCUUCAGCCUGGCCCUGGUCAGAAAGUUUGCACACUCAAUCCUUCAGUGCCUGGAGGCCCUGAGCCGACACCGAAUCAUCCACUGUGACCUCAAGCCAGAGAACAUUCUGCUUAAACAGCAGGGACGCAGCGGAAUCAAGGUUAUUGACUUUGGCUCCAGCUGUUUUGAACACCAGCGUGUUUACACCUACAUCCAGUCUCGUUUCUAUCGGGCUCCAGAGGUGAUUCUUGGCUCACGUUACGGCCUUCCUAUCGACAUGUGGAGCUUCGGCUGCAUCCUGGUUGAGCUGCUCACCGGUUACCCUCUGUUCCCCGGAGAGGAUGAAGGUGACCAGCUGGCCUGUGUCAUGGAGCUCCUGGGAAUGCCUCCCCAAAAGGUUUUGGAGCAGGCGAAAAGGGCAAAGAACUUCAUCAACUCUAAGGGUCACCCUCGCUACUGUGGCACCAGCACGCUGCCCACGGGCGCCACGGUGCUGACAGGUUCUCGCUCCCGCCGCGGGAAGAUGAGAGGCCCUCCCGGUAGCAAGGAAUGGAGCGCUGCUCUGAAGGGCUGCGAGGACCCCACCUUUACUGACUUCUUAAAGAAGUGUUUGGACUGGGACCCCUCAUCUCGCCUCACCCCCAGCCAGGCCCUCAGGCAUCCUUGGCUUUAUCGCAGGCUGCCAAAGCCCAUGCCUGGAACAGAGAAGAGUCCGGGGUCCGUGGUAAAACGACUCCCUGAGCACCACAGCACCUCCUUUCCAUCAAUCAUGGCCAAAGGUGGGGCAGGAUUAGGCACCACAGCUGCCAACCACAAACUGAGGAGCAACAUGAUCGGAGACUCAGGAGAAGCCAUACCUCUUCGUACAGUCCUGCCCAAGCUGGUUUCCUAGAGAGGGUGGGGGUUGAUAACAUCUCUUUUCUCCAUCCAGACCCUCCUCAUCUGCACUCGUGCGGGAGGGGGGGGGGGGCAGAG